AUGCUAAAAAUUAUUUUGAUUUUAUUUAUUGGAUUGACAAAUCUACCAAAAACAACACCAUGCGCAUCUCAAUGGAGCCAAUGUGGUGGUAUCGGCUACUCAGGUGACACAAAUUGUUGUGACCCAACAACAACAUGCCAAUACAGCAAUCCAUGGUAUUCACAAUGUUUAACGGGUCCAACAAAUCCAACAACCACCACCAUCGCUACUACCACCACCAGUAAUCCAGCUAAUAGUGGUUGUGCCAAUGCUUAUAGCCAAUGCGGAGGUCAAAAUUGGCAAGGACCCGUAUGUUGUAUUGCUUCAACAUGUAAUCAGCUCAAUCCUUAUUAUUCACAGUGUCAACCAGGUACAACAUCGCCACCAACUGCUAGUAGUACUGAUUCCACAACUGUUUCAAGUACGACUCAAAGUACAUCAUCAACAACGCUUCCUCCUACUACUACCAUUAGUACUACUGUUAGCACUUCCAGUUCAUCAAGUUCUACCAGCUCAAUAAAUCAGGCUUGCAGUUUCAUGUAUCAACAAUGUGGUGGAAUUACUUGGAAUGGUUUAACAACAUGUUGCAGCGGAAGUGUGUGUACUUGUUUAAAUGAUUACUAUUGGCAAUGUUUACCACCAGGUCAAUCAUCAUCUUGUUCUUCUUCAAAUAACAACCCUAGUUCAACAGCAGCUUCGUCCUCAUCAUCAUCCUCCUCCUCCUCCUCCUCCUCCUCCUCAUCAUCGUCAUCAUCAUCAUCAUCAGGAAAUAAUAAUGGUCAAGCAGGUAUCACUACUCGAUAUUGGGAUUGUUGUAAAGCAAGUUGUUCAUGGCCAGGCAAAGCGGCUGUAAGUAAUCCAGUUCAAACAUGUACAUCACAAGGCGAUGAAAAUCCUGAUUACAAUGCUCAAUCAGCUUGUAAUGGUGGUAAUAGUUAUAUGUGUACUAAUCAACAACCGUGGGCUGUUAGUCCGACUCUUUCAUAUGGUUUUGCUGCUGCUGAUAUUAGUGGUCAAAGUGAAGCAACUUGGUGUUGUGCUUGCUAUUCUUUGAUAUUUACUUCAGGACCUGUUGCCGGUAAACAAAUGAUAGUUCAAGUAACAAAUACAGGUGGUGAUCUUGGUAAUAAUCAAUUUGACAUUCAAAUACCUGGUGGUGGUUUUGGAAUAUAUGAUGCAUGUACAAAUCAAUUUCCUGGUGGUAAUUAUUACUGGGGUGCACAAUAUGGUGGUGUUAGUUCACGAGAUCAAUGUUCUUCUUUACCAGCUGCGCUUCAAGCUGGUUGUUUCUGGCGUUUUGAUUGGUUUCAAGGUGCAGAUAACCCAUCGAUGACCUUCACAGAGGUUACCUGUCCAUCGGCAAUUACCGAUAUAACUGGAUGUGUAAGAUCAUAA